AGGAGAACAGCACAGAGUAGCAACAGCUCAAGUCAGAGAGAGAGAGAGAGAGCCCUGAGCUGAACUGCUCAAAGAACAGCUAUAAGCAGCGCAUCAUGAAGGGAACAGCCACCUCUACUGCUACCCUCCUCCUCAUCAUUGCUGCCUCUCUCUGGGGCAUUUCUCAAGCCAAUGAGGACAGUAUGGCUACGCAGGAUUGCUGCCUCACCACCAGCUCAAGCAAGAUUCCCUUCAAUAUCUUGCAAAGCUACCGAAUACAACUGCCCAGCGACGGCUGCAAAAUACGCGCUGUUGUGUUUCGGACAAAGAAGAAUAAACAGCUGUGCAGCCCAUCACGGGAAAAGUGGGUGAAGAAAUUGAUGAGGAAACUCGACAUGAAAAAAUCAAAACCAAGUCAGAAAAGGAGGUUGAUGAGGCGCCGAUCGGGAAGGAAUUCACAGGCAUGAAAAGAAAUGAUGGUCAACAAGCCUCUUGAUUCGCUUUAUCUGCAUUAAUCAGAAGAACUAACAUCUACCAAAGUUGUCAACAUUACUUGAGGUCAGACUGAGAGGUGUAUUUGUUUGUAAACCCGACACUGACCAAUCAUCUUUCAAACUUUCCCUUCCUGCUGCCUUAUUGGUGAAAUUGGAUUCAGAAUGGACGGUCUCACUGUGAUGCCAAGUGUGAUUGCCCCCAACCACAAAAUUGGUACUAAAUUGGCACUUCUGUGAAAGGGAAUAGCACCUACUGACGUAUAUGUCCCUCUUUAAAGCCUAUCGUCUCAUUCUGUUUUGGAAACUGGCUGUGGGAUCUUUCUCUGUCACAGAGAGCAGCAAAAAUAUAUAUAUAUAUAUAUACAUAUAUAGGAAAACCUUUACUCUACAUCUAACCUUAUGCUGCCCCUGUCCUGGGAGUGUUUCAUGGGGACAGUGUAGAGAGAGCUUUAUUUUCAGUUUAAAAAUAUACAGAGAGUGUUAAUCUGUAAUCUGAGUAAUGCCUGUUCUGGGAGUGUUUGGUGCGGAUGGUGUUAGGGCAGCUUUACCCUGUUCGUACCCUGACACUUGUAGAAUCCUUGGGAAGGGGGGUGCAGGGGAGUUCAAUGUAAUUGCUGAUUGGGUUCACCGUGCCCUGAAACCAAGUGAUGGAUCUGGACCCCCUCAAUUCCACAUCAAUCCUGUGUUUGAAUACAUUGUCAAAGUGAAUGAGCCAUAUGGUUGUCAGCAGGAGUGAAGAUGCUUUUAUUUAGCUUGGGAAGAAUUCCAUUUCCCUACCAAUUUGCUCCUGCCUUCAAUCGACACAGUUACUGAGACUGAGCCACGGAAAUGAAACAACCCACAAUGUGACAGUGAGUGAGAGCAGGAAAGCUCAAUCCCAAAAUAAUGUGAAUACUGACGUUGAAUGUUCAAUUAAACUCUGUUGCCUCUCUUCCUCCCCGACACUAGGGAAUAGCACCUACCCUGACGUAUCUGUCCCCUUGUAGUCUCCUUAGUCUUUAAAGCUGAUCGUCUCAUUCUGUUUUGGAAGCUGGAUGUGGGAUCUUUCUCUGUAUGAUGAUAUGUGUCAUAGAAAAUAUUCUGUCCCAGUCUUAAUAAGCUGUCUGAUUGGACUGUGACUGUUUGUUCAAAGCUGAAUUGUUUUUAUUUUCCAGCCUACGGUUUUAUGGUAUUUUGUAAUAUUGUAAUGAUGAAUAAAGAUCAUUUGAUAUGAA